ACAGUAUCGGGGGAGCCAGCGGUGUCUGUGCGCGCCGAUACGCGAAAAUUGGUUCAGUUCGUGUCGUCGCUUAACGAAGUUCGCGCGUUGAACUUUGGGACCGGUUAUGGGGUAUCCAGUGGCACUCGUGAUCGCGGCGCUGGCGGCGGCGCACGCCGCCCCGCCCGGCAAGCCGUCCCUGGGCUGGGGCGAGCGCACCUUCGCCAUCGUGGAAGUCAACCAGGCCGCCACCGCCUACAACCAGCUCGUCAAGCGCCACGACGCCGCCGACGUCUCCGUCACGUGGAACGUCUGGUCCGGCGACGCCGCCGAGAAGUCCAGGGUGCUCCUCAACGGACAGGAGUACUGGUCGGGACCCGGACAGUCCAGCGGAUCAGCUUCUUUCAAAGUCAAGAAGGGAGGACGCUACCAAAUGGUCGUAGAAUUAUGCAACAAGGACGGAUGCAGCUCCAGCGAUGCCACUGAAAUCGUUGUCGCUGACACUGAUGGAAGCCAUUUGCCGCCACUAGAUUACUCCAUGGGAGAAAGGAAUAAGCCUUUCAAGCAAACUUCCGGAAAAGUUGUUGGAGCGUAUUUUGUUGAAUGGGGCGUGUACCCCAGGAAGUUCCCCGUGGACAGAGUACCUGUGCCCAAUCUGAGUCAUCUCUUGUACGGUUUCAUCCCAAUUUGUGGCGGCGACGGCAUCAACGACAGUUUGAAGGAGAUCGAGGGAAGUUUCCAAGCUCUACAGCGUUCUUGCAGCGGUCGCGAAGAUUUCAAAGUAUCCAUUCACGAUCCUUGGGCAGCUUUGCAAAAGCCCCAGAAGGGACUCGCGUCCUGGAACGAGCCUUACAAGGGUAACUUUGGCCAGUUGAUGUCUCUGAAGCAGGCCCGCCCAGACUUGAAGAUCCUGCCUUCCGUCGGUGGCUGGACCCUGGCCGAUCCCUUCUUCUUCUUCGACGAUAAAGUCAAGCGUGACCGCUUCGUAGCCUCAGUCAAGGACUUCCUCCAGACUUGGAAGUUCUUUGAUGGUGUCGAUAUUGACUGGGAAUUCCCUGGAGGCAAGGGUGCCAACCCUCAUCUAGGCAGUCCCAAGGAUGGCGAAGUUUACGUUACUCUCAUGAAGGAACUGCGCGCUAUGCUGAACGAGCUCUCCGCUGAAACUGGUAAGUACGAGCUGACAUCGGCCAUCAGUGCCGGUUGGGAUAAGAUCCAAGUGGUGAACUACAAAGAGGCUCAGCAAUAUAUGGACCAUAUCUUCCUCAUGAGCUACGACUUCAAAGGCGCCUGGUCUAACGAUACCCUUGGACAUCAAACUCCUCUGCACGCGCCAGCUUGGAGGCCAAAGGAAACAUACACUACAGACUUCGGUACCAAGAUGCUGCUCGCUCAAGGAGUGAAUCCUAAGAAGAUCGUCGUCGGCGUAGCUAUGUACGGGCGAGGCUGGACCGGCGUGCACGGUUACGAGGACCCGAAGAACCCCUUCCUUGGAAACGCCACUGGGCCCUGCAAGGGUUCAUGGCAAGACGGCGUCGUUGACUACAGGGACAUCGCCAACGAAAUAGCGCAAGGAAAGUGGGAGUACACUUACGACAGCGUCGCGGAGGCUCCUUACGUAUUCAGAAAAGAGACGGGCGAUCUCAUAACUUACGAUGACGCGAGGUCGGUCAUUGCCAAGGGCAAGUAUGUGAGGGCGAAUAAACUCGGCGGGUUGUUCGCUUGGGAAAUAGACGCUGACAACGGUGAUCUCUUAAACGCGAUGAACCAAGGUCUAGGUAAUAAUGCGUUUUAAUUGACCUAUGCGGCUAUGUCCACAUCUUUACGCAGGAUAGUAUCUUUCGUCUCUUUUUUACAAUGAUAUCUAGAAAGAGAUGUGUCUAUCUUGCGGAACUCGUGCAGUGUGAUGUGCUAGAGCCCGAACUGUAUGUGAUCGUAAUUUUAAGUAGCUAUAAGUAGUUUUAAGAACGACUGUAAUUUAUAAUAAUGUUUCCCGACUGCAAAAUGAAACAUAAAUACUGAAAGGUU